UCGAUGGUCUACGAUGUUCAACCUGGUUGGGAGUUCUGGAAGAAUAUAGGAUGUGACCACGGCUGGCUUUAUCAUGCACACCACUGCUAUUUCCUCAGUCAUAGACAAACGUCUUGGCAUGACGCUAAGCUUCAGUGUGAAAGUAAUGGAGCGUUCCUGGCCGAUAUCAACUCUGCCGAGGAGAACACAUGGAUUACAGGUAAACUCAUGGAUAGCCAAGUAUGGCCUGAUAAUGUUAAAUACGCGUGGCUUGGUGCAAGCGAUAUUGACAAAGAAGGUGUCUUUAUCUGGAGUGAGAUGAAUUCUACUCUAAAUUUCACGAACUGGGAUCAAGAAGAACCCAAUGAUCUUCGUGGAGAAGAUUGCAUGGCAAUAAUUCCCGGAACAGGAUUGUGGAACGACCUAGCUUGUUCAUCGAAUUGCAGUUACAUUUGCAAGAAAAGAAAGUAAUCAAACUAGCUAUUGAGAAAAAAACACAUUUUUGUAACAUAAAGUACUAGUAAACU